CAAACCAAUUUGACUUUUCAUUUGUUCUCAGCAAUAAUCGUGAGUGAGUUUUAAUUUAUUUGUGUUUGGAAAAGUAGUGUAAAGUAAAUUGCCAAAAAUGCGCUGAAAAAUAAUAUUGCAACAGAGUGUGUGACCGAUUAAAUAGGCCAAAGACCAAAAGAAAACAAACAAAUUAAUAAAAUUCCAGUUUGCGGCGGAGUUCAAUGUAAACGCUAGACGCAUCGGUUAGUAGCAACGAUGUCGGUAAAGUCACAACGCAAAGCCGUUGCUACGGAGACAAUGGGGAAUGCGACCGGUGAAGGAGUUUCUCAUGAAAAACCCAAUUAUGGUUUAACUACGCGUGUUGCAUUAUCACGUCUGCAUGAUGAUAUUGAAAAAUUGUUGCGUGAGCAUGAGGCCACCUACGCCAAGGAGAGCUACUAUCGCAAACUGCGUUCGGCAUUCUUCAAACCAAGCGACACACCAUUGGGAUGGCCUGCAAUCACAGCAACGUUAUUCACUAUGAUUGCGUUGCUUAUUGCUGAGGCAUAUCUGGCGGCGAUCUGUGUUGCGGCUAUCUUAUCAUUGGAUUUGUGCGUGGUGGUGCGCGAAAAUCAUUUACGUCGCACCGAAAUCUACCGCAAGACACGCCAGGCACUCGCCGAUAUACGACUCGCUGAACGUGAUCUAUGUGGCGAGUGGCAACCAUGCAAUUAUCCGCAUCUGUGUUGUCCAGUUUCACCUUGUGUGUCGCUGCAGUGGACAUAUCGCGAUGGUAAUAUUGUGAAUUUACCGUGGGCCUUAUUGGUACGCGGUGAUCACAUAGUACUACGACCGGGUCACAUAACGCCCGGUCCAUGUACGGAAGUGAAUGGAAAACGCACAUUUGAAAUGCAUGAAAUAUAUGGCCCAACACAGGUGAAUGAUCCGCCAGUGCGUCCUUUGGCGCGUGCACCUCUACCAGAUUUAGUAUGCACAUUACAGACGACGCCGUUUCUGGAUAAUUUGCGUGUAAUUUUGGAGAACUCAUUGAAGCGCCCAUCGACGAUAUACAAUCAGCAACGUUAUUUGCUCGUGACGAAAUAUAUACAACAAUGGGGCUUCAUAUGUGCACUUUGUUUGACGCUUUUCGCCGGCAUGUUGCGUAUCAAUGGCUUGAGCAGUUCGCCCAAUGUCGGCACACAUCCCAACGAGCAACAUUAUUGGAAAUAUGUUUUCCUGGAGACACCAGCCGCUGCAGUUAUACCAUUACUGCCACUCAUCUUCCCCAUUAUGUGGAUAUCGAUGAAUUUAUGGGGUGUGGCAAGACUGCAGUGCUUUCUCAAAAUACCACAAGUGCCCAUCACUAAAGACUCGGAAAAAUCGUUCGAAGAAGACUUGGAUGCGCCCACUUUUGAUUAUAACAAUAUAUCAUUGUUGCGUUCAAAUGUUUUUCGCAAUUGGUGGCAACUGUGGCAUGGUGAUAGUGAACUACUACCUCGUUCAUCGAAUUUAGUGCAGGUAUUGGGCUCCAUUACAGCACUGUGCUGCAUAGACAAGAAAGGCAUACUUUCAUGGCCAAAUCCAACAGCUGAAAAGGUGUUCUUCUUACACGAUACCGACAAUGAUCGCUUAGACGAUCGCAGCACAAGUUGUUCAACGCUGAAUACCGAAAGUAAUCAUACGAGUCAGGCGGAGAGUAAAAACGGUGGUAUUGUUGCUGAAGUGCUCGAUCUAACACAUGAUCAGCACUGUCCAUUUCGUUUGGAGUUCGACGAUCAUGAGUGGAAGUCACAUAUCACAUCACUUAAACCAUUGGGUCUCGCAAUACUGUUGAAUACUUGUUCGCCGCUGACGCAUGCACAUUACGCGCAAUUCUGUGGACAUGUAACCGCCGUGGCGAUGCUGGAUAAAGAUUUGGUGCCAGUCACAAAUCGACGUUGCCUCUGCGAAUUGGCCAAGCAGAUCGGUUUUAAAGAUUCUGCUACCGAUCAUUUCUCACUCGAGGGUCAGUUGGCUUCCUACAGACAUUUGCAACCAGAAGUGGUGCGCCGUGACAUCCGUUUCGCACGUCAACUACAGCUGUCGUCUAAAGUGAAGGUACCCUUUCCCCACUCACUGUCGGUGGUGAUGCGGGAAAACCCUGCCGGCUAUCUCUCGCUCUUCACCCAAGGUACCGCCGACAUUAUAAUGGAUUUCUGUGAUGAUUUCUGGGAUGGCAAGGACUUGCGUCCGCUGUCGGCGCAAGAUCGAAAGAAAGCGCUUGAUUUCUACCAACGCAGCGCGCUCACCGCUUACUGCACGGCCUUCUCGUAUCGUCCGCUGCGACAUGGCAUCAUUGGCGCGCUCAGUGGCGCACAGCACACCGGUGGACCGAUUGCAUACCUAGAAUUGCCGCCCGAGUCGAAAAUACGCAUGCAACAUGUCGAUCGCGCGCAUUGCGAUUUCGAGAGCGGCGGUCAUAUACAUACGAAAUUGAGCCACAGCAUCAGCACUGAUUCGCUGUUGUUCAGCGAGAGUAAAGAUGAUGACAUUAACGAUGUGGAGGGCUGUUUCGAAAUGCAAUGUCAUCAAGUAUUCAUCGGUAUGGUGACUAUGCAAUAUCAAGCGCAGAUGGACAUUGUUCAGCUGGUGGAGCGGCUGGAGCGCGCUUGCAUACGUUUCGUACAUUUCAGCAAAGAAAACGAAUUGCGCUCGCGUGUGUUCUCCGAGAAGAUGGGUUUGGAGUCCGGUUGGAAUUGUCACAUAUCCCUGUUGAAUGAAGCGGAUGAUAAGGCCUCCAUGAAUACGGCUGCGGACAAGGCCAAUACCAGCGGUACCUCCGGGCGCUCGGGUAACAAAAGUUUGCAGAGUAAUAAUGAGAAUACCAUCAACAUUGUUGAGUCCGCACAUGAUCACACGACAGCCAUUAGCACUACCAUCAACAAAAACAACAACACUGCCACAAGCACCAUCAAUUCAACCACCAAUAAUGUUUCAUUGCCUCAUAAUGUAGAAAUCAUAAAUCAGUGCACCAGCACGCAGAACACCACCACCAUCAACAUAGGUAAUCACAACAACAAUAGUAGUAAUAUUAGUAGCACGCAUCCCACACAUCAAACGCACCUAAAUACAUCGAAUAUUACAGGCGGUACAGGUGGCACCGAUAACGACGCCGACGACGAAGGCAGCGACCUGCAUCAUCUGCUACCGCCACCCAAUCUCGAGUCUUCCAAAACGCUGAGCUCAUCAGCACCGGGCGCCAUCUCCAAUCCCGAUGACUACCAAGCGGUGCAGCUCAGCUCAACACCCCCGUCGCGUCGCAGUAGCGUCAGUUGUGGUGGUGAAGGUAACGGCAACGGCAAGGACGCGCCCUUAAACCUGGUGGAUGGCGGCAACAAAGCUAUUGCUGAUGCCGCUGACGAUGAGCACCGCCAAUCGGAGGACUCUGCCAUGGAUGAGAAUUGUCGCUCGAUGAGUAUCAUAACAGAGAGUACCGAACAGAGCGCACCCGUACACUUCGACAUGUCGAAUCGCGCUAAAUUGCCACGCGGCAUCGAGAAUAUACGUCCGCAUUUGGAACAGGUGGACAAUGUGCCAUUGCAAGUGUCGCUAUUCACAGACUGUUCGCCCGAGGCGACGCGCCAAAUGCUCGACAUUAUGCAAUCGUACGGUGAGAUUGUCGUAUGUCUCGGCUCUUCGGCUAGCAAUUCAAAUGCGAAUAUUUUCCUGCAAGCCGAUUGCAGUAUAGCUGUCGAGCCGCUUUAUCCGCAAGUUUGUCAAGAUAUUGCCGCCUAUACGGAGGGCAACUUAACGAACAACAAAUUGCGUUUGCUGCGCCUCAAGAAGGAUCUCAAUGGCGAGGAGAAGUAUGGCAGUCAUGAACCCUAUACCACCGAAGAGCUGCUCGAAAGCGGUUUCUAUGGCAAUGAUGAGCCACAAAUGCGUCCGAUGCAAGCUGCCGGCAAUACUGUGUCCCCCGUCUACUUAGGUCGCCUGCUCAACUCGUUGCCCUGCUCCAUAUCGGUGUGUCGCGAUGAACCGUUAUCGCUGGUGUCCAUUAUCGAGUUGUCGCGUCGUUUUUCGGCUGGCCUUUGGAAUUGCAUACAAUAUUGGGCUUGCUGUGCCGGUGCGCUUUCGAUGAUCAAUAUUUUGAGUGCUUGCCUCUCGCUGCCGCCACUAUUGACGCCGUUAAUGGUGCUCUAUUUGAUGAGUGUGCCGGUACCGUUGAUUGCGCUGGCCUUGGCGCACAUCGAUGUCGAUCCGAAGAUGAUGAAUCGCGCCACGGGCAAGAAACAGACCGAGUAUGAUACGAAGGUCUUCGGGUUUGUGAUAUGGUGUUAUGGCUGCAAAUUCAUCGCUCCCAUUUUGAUUAUGAUUUUCGCCUAUUGCACAUUUAUGGCACAUCCCAUCGAGCUCAUGGACAUUGACGAGGAGAAAUUGCAUAUCAACUUGCAAAUCGCACGCAUCUUCUCGUUCCUCGGCAUCUUAGUGCAUUUCGUGGUGAUUUCCGCCUGCUUCGUGCACCGCGAUCACUCGCUGUGGCAGCGCAAUCCCUUCCGCAAUCACAUCUGGGCUUUCACCUGCGGCUGCACGCUGCUCGUGCACGUCGUGAUCUGCGCGGUGCAGAUUGUUCUGCAGGACAACUACUUCGAUGAGGCAUGCGGCAUGUGGCCAGCAAUCGCAUUCCUCUACGGGGGCAGUUUUAUAAGUCUGGCGAUCACCGAGAUUUGCAAAUGGCAGGAGAUUAAAGUUAACACACGCUAUCAGCGCCGCGCGAGGCUUGACUUUGGCACCAAACUGGGCAUGAAUUCACCGUUUUAAACACAUACUACACAACCAUAAUAACAAUUGCGACUGAACAUGUAAGCGUUGAGUAUUGGUAAACAAUCUAAAGAGACUAAUUCGAAAUCAAAGAAACAAAAAUAAGAAAACGUUGCAAAAUGCGCAAUAAAAAGACCCUAAUCUACUUACUUAAAAGGCAAAAUAAAAACAUAUUUAAAUAAUAAACGAUAAGCAAUUCAAGACGUAGUGCCAAAGUUGCUAUAAAACUUAAUACAAAGCAAGAAAAUUACAAAAACCGAAAACAAUUAAGAUUAAACAUAAAAUUGUAUGUAACUACUUGUAUGCCGUAAGCCUAAAGUGAAAUGUGAAUGCGUCGCUGACACUGCCUAUUAUUUAAAUAUAUUCCAACUUUAAGAGCAAAAAGCUUGCAAAUCAAGAAACGGCGCCGAAAAAAACGGUUAUUUUGAGUUUUUCGGGUUUAAAAUCGUUUUGAAGAUUUUGUUCAAAGCAAGUGUUAGCCGUUAUAGCGAGUUAUAGAAAAUAUGCUAUAAAAUUAUUUUUGUUUUGUGGAUUUUUCGUAACUUUUAGUUCGUGUUUUUAGUUUUUUUCGACUAUAUUUGAACGUUUUAUUUAUAUUUUUAGCUAUAUGUCUAUUUCAAUUUUUUUCAAUACCAAAAAAUUCCCUUUUUUUUGUAAUUUUUCAAAAAAAAAAAUAUUUUUGUUUGCUCUGAUUAAUAUUUUUUUGAUAAAAAUAUUCUUUUUUUUAAUAUUUUUCGAUAAAAUAUAACUU